AGUUCCUAGGCUCCAGAAGGCACAGUGGGCACCUACAGAGCUGCAGAGGGGACCCUCAUGAUAUCGGGAGGCCCGCGUCUCUCAACGCCCUCCAUGAGGGACAGCGCCACUCCAACUGCCACAUCCGCUGUCUGCUGCAAGGAUCCCUGCCUGGGACUUGGAGAGUCACGUUUCUCCACCUGGCAGCUACAAAAAGGCCACAGAGAAAAAAGCCAAUUUAAUGUUCUUCUACCACUUGUGACUUUUAAAAUCACUUUUCCUCUCAGGCCUCUGUUUCUUUGUCUGUCAAAUGUACACCGUCAGGCACGUUCUCACUGGGGCCCAGGUUUUUACUUCCCUGUUGUCACACCCUAUUUAUGUCUGAGUGUCUCAGUCCCAGGGCGGUGCAGUGGAACUCAAGCUGGGUCACGGUGCCGUGUCCCCAUCUGGGCUCUGCUACUUAGAGCUGUGGGUGUUGGAGGAAGCCACUCUGUGUUUCAAUUUUAUUUUCCUAUCUAUAAAAUGGGAUAAUAUUAAUACCCACACAAGCUAGGGUGCACAUGGUUAUUGGAAGGUUUCCACGAGAUCAUACAUGGAAAAGGGCUUUGUAAAAGGCAAGUUAUGUCCAACUAAGGGACAUUAUCAUUAAAUGGCAGCUGGAAGCUGUAAUUUGGUUCUGCCCUCUCACGCCCGCUGCUACUUCAGACAUUCUAAGUUGCUCUUCUAUGGGAUAUCUCUGGCUUGACUGCGGGUUCCGUUCUGGGGAGGUGUGGUCAGUAGGGACCAGAUGUCUUCUUCCUUUCCCUCUGGUCACUCUUAGUGAUAUAACCCAGGCCAUACAGUCAGACAGACUUCAGCAAAACUGUCAACGAGGGCAGCUCCCCGAUUCGGCCCCUUUGACUGUUGUCUCCAGUCCUGAAACCCUCGCCCCGGGCCGCUCCGCCGCCGGGCUCCGGCGCUCAGUCCAUAUUACUCGCGGAAAGGCCGGCGUCUCCGUCCGACCCUCUUUCCUGGUCGCUGGGGGCGGUUUGUGGGCCUGGCCUUGGGAUUAGGAAAAUAGGGAUGGUGCCUAUUUAGGGAUGAGGCCGAAUGCGGGCCUCAGGGAAUCCCGAAAGGGGGAAUGUCUGGAUCGGCGGAUCGGACGUUCAGGCCCAGGAACCGGCCCCCGCAUGGUCGCCGCUCGGGCGCGGGCGCAGCGCUAGCAGCCCCGUUUUCCGCCAGCCGGGCUGCCGGAGAGUUAGACCUCCCAGCCUCACGGGGCUGCUGUGCGGCUGCAGCGACGCCGGCGACUGCGGCGCUGCAGCGGAGACGGAGGGCUCAGGAGGCGGCGCCAUGUGAGUCCGCGCGGGGCCGCGCUGGGGCCGCGGCGAGAGGUUACCGUAUUUACCGAGGCCAGAGCCGGACCCUCGAGGGCGGGUCACUGCGGGCGCGCUACCGUAUUUGCUGGGUCCCGCGCAGGUCCUUUCCGGGAGUGGGAGCGCCGCGACUUAAUUACGGACUGGUGAUUGCAGCUGGAAGUGCCCAUGACCGAGCUGGCGUCCUCCGGGGGCGGGUCCCCUGCGGGGGACGGGGAGGAGGGUCUGGGGGACGAGCGAGGCCUGGUCAUCCACCACCCUGCGGAGGAGCAGCCGUACCGCUGCCUGCUGUGCGGCCAGACCUUCUCGCAGCAGCCCAGCCUGGUGCGGCACCAGAAGGCACACGCCGGGUCGGGCCGCGCGGCUGCCUUCGUGUGCCCCGAGUGCGGCAAGGCCUUCAGCGUCAAGCACAACCUCGAGGUGCACCAGCGCACGCACACCGGGGAGCGGCCCUUUCCCUGCCCCGAGUGCGGCCGCUGCUUCAGUCUCAAGCAGAACCUGCUCACGCACCAGCGUAUCCACAGCGGCGAGAAGCCGCACCAGUGUGCGCAGUGCGGCCGCUGCUUCCGCGAGUCGCGCUUCCUGCUCAACCACCAGCGCACCCACGCGCGCAUGCCCGCGCCCCACCCGCGCCGCCCCGGCGUUUUCGGGGAGCGGCGGCCCUACUUCUGCCCCCGCUGCGGCAAGAGCUUCGCACGCGAGGGCUCGCUCAAGACCCAUCAGCGCAGCCACGGCCACGGGCCCGAGGGCCAGGCGGCCCACUUAGGACGCGUGCUAUGAUGCGCCCGGGGCCUGCUGCCGACUGCUGCUUCCUGCCCCGCACGUGCGUCCCCAACCCCUGGAGAUGGCCCUGGGCCGCAGCUCCCUCUCUGGAUGGGAUCCCGGGAGAGGGGCAGCGUUGGCUUGGGCUCUUGAAGGUGUGGGCCGCCGCCAGGCUCCGGCCGCCCCCUUGUGUUCCUCCCUCGGGACCGUCUGGCUGGCUGCGCACAGCUGCUUCGGUCUCCUGCCAUGGUUCUCCUUCUCUGGCCCAUCCGGCCUAGAGCAGAAUGUCAGAGUUGAAAGAGACUUGGAGAGGGCCACUUUCCACAAUCCCCACGCCCAACCUCAGCCCCCAGGCCUCCUGGCUCCUGUACACACUCUCUGCUGUCCUUGAGAUGUCAUUUCACUUCAUGUUUCAGUUUGCUCAUCUAUGCGGAGUGGGCAGGAUCCUAUGACCCGGUAGGUGCAGGACCCAUCUGGACAUGGAGACCAGGAAUGGGGUGCCGUGGGGGCCUGGCUGGCACUGCACCUGGGCAUGAGGGCACAUCCAGUAAGAAGACCUGCCUCAAGAGGUGCACUGCGGUGACCAGUGGAGGUGACUGGUUGGAGACUGGAAUUGGUGGCAGAUUCCAAGCUCUGGUGGACAGAUUCCCCAGGCCUGGUGGGAAUCGCAGCUGGGGCAGACCUCAUCCUGGUUGCCUGGCCACAGGCCCCCACUGUCUGCCACUGGUGGUAGGAUGUUGCUUGUGUGGAGAGCUGGCUUCUCUGCUCCCACCUGGUCCACCACUUGGCUAGAGUUCAGAGACAGGAAGUGACUGGUCUAAGCUAACACAGCAAGUUGGUGGCCGACCUGGUUCUAGAGGCAAAACCUUCUGCCAGAUGUGAAUGAAACCUGCAGGCUUCAUUUUCCUUUCUGAGCAGUGCUUCUUAGCACUUCGGAGACACGAAGCCCUUGGAAAAUCUGAUGAAGGUUACGGACCUUCCCUAGGAAAACAGGUAACUGACAUAGACUCAAAAACCCCAGGCAAUUUCAGGAGCCACUGGACUCCCUGAAUGAAACCCAUCCCUGGACUCCUCAGCCCUGAGGACUUCACCUGCUGCCCUUUCCUUACCUGUCACACAUUGAGCCCCGAGUCAAGGCCACUGUACAAGUAGUGCCCCUCCCUCCCCCUGGCCAAGCCUCCUUCCCUUGUUCAGGAAUAAAGAAUUCCGAGGAGGAGACCUUUUUAGUCAGUCCCUUCUCCCAGACCUAAAGAAUGAUGCAUCUGGAACCUCAUUUCCCUUCCCCAGACAUUGGCAGAGGUCCUUUGGGCUAGAUUUUCUCUUCUGGUUUUGUGUUUCUUGUUUUGCCUGACUGGCCGCUGGCUUCCACAAAGGAGCCCUUUGCUCCUGGCCUGGGCUCUGAUUUCACUGUGUGGUCUCAGGGGAAGCUGGACUGCUGUGGACGGUGGUGGGAGUUUGAGUUUGGUCUGAGUCUGCCCCAGGGAGAAAGAAUCCUGCUUCCACCAACCAAGCCCAGUCAGCGGUGCCUCCCAGCUGGCCAAGUGUUCAACCCAGUGGGCUGGGGAGGAAGAGGAUGAGGGCCUCGCUCCUGGUGCCUGUGGCUCUGGGCAGGGGGAGAGGUCGGUGGAGGAGCUUUCUGUGUGUUCUCUGAGUGUGCAGCAGUGCAGUUGAAGGGAACAGGGCCCAGGCUGGCAGCAGGGAGAGGACUCCUCCCAUCUUCACACCUGAACCAGUCAGCCUGGAAGCCACAAGUUCUCACUUGCUUCCCCAGAAUGAACAUCAGAAAAGGCAAAACUGACCAGGGCUGGGAUGGGUUUGGGUCAGGGUGGUUGGAGGGCAGCCUGUGGAUUCCUGCACUGGAGUCUUGCUGUCUUCGAUGCCGUUUGGAUCAUACAUUCUUACAUCCUACUGUAUGCCUCACCCUGGAAUAGCGGAAUGCUCAGGGGGAGAUCCGAGCAUGAGAAGGUGCUCCCAGCCCCAGGAGCUUCCAAUCUGGCUCUGAUCCUUGGCUGACCUAGAGGAAACCUCCACACACACUCCUUCUCUGCUAAUGGUGCAGUUUGUGUCCCCCUCUGCCCAUCACUGUGCUGUGCUCAUUCCUGCCUCUGUGCCUUCCCCUGUAUUGCUCGGACAUGUGCCCUUUCCUCUUCUCUACCCAGCUAAGCCCUUCUGAUCCACGGGGCCCGGCUUCCCAAACAACCCAGCCCACAUUCAUCCUUCCCUCUCCGAACAGGCCCUGUGUGAGCCCCCGUCCCCAAACUGCGUGCUGUCCCACAGAUGCUCCAGUCUCCUGUGUGUUUUGAGUCCCUAACUAGACAGUGAGCUCCCUGAGGGCAAGGGACUGUCAUUUCCUCUUGAGCCCUACCAGGGUCUAGCACCGAACUGGGCUUCUAACUCUCAGGAAACACUUGUUGACUGCCUCAAUGAGCGCCGGAGCUUGUCGGUGGCCGGUAAUGGGCAGUGCACGUGGGGAGAGGGUAUGUGAGUUAACUCGAGGGUGCCUUUUAUUGGGCUGUGGGCUGGCUCCCCUGGGCCAAAAGUGGAUGUCGGAGGCCUCAGGCUCUUAUCUCCUUGGGGCAGUGGGAGCAUCAGGGACCCCUCCCCUCGGCUCUGCAGGAGUGCACAGAAGUGGUCGUCCAGCCUGGAUAUUUCUACAGGUCGCUGACGCCUACGGGAGCUGACUGAGUGAAAUAAAUGUUCUCUCGACAUCA